GUAUGCAUGGAAAAAGCAACUUAGCAGAGCAAUCAAGCUAAAUAUAUAACCUAUUGAAGCUCUAUUAGUUGUCUUGAAAUCCCUAUUCUCUUUCUUGAAGCUAAGCUCCCAAGAAAUGGCCAAUAGACUCUCUCUUGCAAUGGAGAGAACAGGGCAGUGGGUUUUCUCUCAAGAAAUUCCAACUGAUGUCAUUGUUGAAGUUGGAGAAGCCAACUUUUCCCUUCACAAGUUCAUGCUUGUGGCAAAGAGCAACCAUAUAAGGAAACUGAUUCUUGAUUCAAAAGAAGCUGAUUUAACAAGAAUAGACCUCUCAGACAUUCCUGGAGGGCCUGAGAUCUUUGAAAAGGCUGCGAAAUUCUGCUAUGGUGUCAACUUUGAGAUCACGGUUCACAACGUCGCAGCCCUCCGGUGUGCUGCUGAGUAUCUGCAGAUGACUGAUAAGUAUUGUGACAACAAUCUUGCUGGGAGGACUGAGGAUUUCUUGUCCCAAGUUGCCUUAACCAGCCUGUCCGGCGCCCUCGUUGUGCUGAAAUCUUGUGAAGAUCUUCUUCCCAUGGCUGAGGACCUCAAGAUUGUCCAAAGAUGUGUUGAAAUUGCAAGUGCCAAGGCUUGCGUCGAGGCUAACUUUCCAAGCCGUUCGCCUCCAAAUUGGUGGACCGAGGAGCUAACGAUCUUGGACAUAACCUUCUUCGCAAAGAUCAUUGCAUCAAUGCGGUCGAGAGGCGCAAAGGGCCUCACUCUAGCUAGUGCUAUCAUCACAUACACCGAGAGAUCACUCCGUGAUCUAGUGCGUGACCACUCUGGAAACGGCACUAGAUCGACAGAUUCCAUGGACACUGACCUCAGAGCCCGACAACGGGAACUUCUUGAAUCUAUAGUGGCUUUAUUGCCCUUGGAAAAAUCAGCUUUCCCCAUCAAUUUCUUGUGUUGUCUCCUAAGAACAGCAAUUUUCUUGAGGGCAGACACUAGGUGCAAGAAUGAGCUAGAGAAGAGGAUAUCCAUGAUUCUGGAACAUGUGACCGUCGACGAUCUUCUCGUCCUGUCUUUCACCUAUGACGGUGAGAGACUUUUCGAUCUUGAGAGUGUGAGGAGGAUCAUAUCGGGAUUCGUUGAGAAAGAGAAGAACGUUGCCGUUUUCAAUGCUGGUGAUUUUAGAGAAGUCUGUUCCACAGGUAUGUUGAGGGUUGCCAAGACUGUAGAUGCAUAUCUUGGGGAGAUUGCUACUUACGGAGAGCUGAGUAUCUCAAAGUUUAACGGGAUCGCAAAUUUGGUGCCAAAGACAGCUCGGAAGGUCGACGACGAUCUUUACCGUGCUAUCGAUAUCUACUUGAAGGCACAUCCAAAUCUAGACGAAAUCGAGCGUGAGAAGGUAUGCAGCGUAAUGGAUCCACUCAAGCUAUCGUACGAGGCCAGGGUCCAUGCUUCACAGAACAAACGCCUCCCGGUGCAAAUAGUCCUCCACGCCCUAUACUAUGAUCAACUCAAGUUAAGGAGUGGAGCGGACGAUCACAAGACGCCCGAUGCCCUAACGACAAGAAACCAGCUGCAAGCCGACACGUCCCUCGUCAAGGAAAACGAAGCUCUUAGAACCGAGCUACUAAAGAUGAAAAUGUACAUACAAGAUAUUCAGAAAUCCCAGGGGACCACGUCUAAAGGGAGUGCUAAAAAACCUACGUUCUUCUCGUCCGUGUCCAAGACUCUGGGGAAAUUGAAUCCGUUUAAGCAUGGAUCGAAGGAUACGUCGAAUAUCGACGAUGGAAUGGUGGAUUUGACCAAGCCUAGAAGGAGGAGGUUUUCCAUCUCUUAAGGAAUUAAAUUUUUUAUUUUUAUUUUUAUUUUUUUGGUGCCAUUGUGAUUUUUUUGUUCUCUUGGUGUGCUGAAGUUGUGUAAAGAGUUUGAUUGCUUCUGUUUGUUUUAUGGAGCUGAUAAACUGUUUCUGGGCUAACAUUCAAACAGCUUAUUAUAUAUACUAUUGCUUCUUGGAGUGUGGAUCA